AUGAAAAAAGCACAAAUUGAACACAGAGACUUCUCUAAUAUAAUUAAUGAAGAAGAAUUAUUUGACAGAAUAAUUCUUGAAACUAAUUAUGAAGCUUAUAAUAAUAGUGAAUUAAAGCAAAAUAAUGAAUUUGAACAAAUUAUUGAAUCUGAACAAAGUAUUCAAUCUGAACAAAGCAUUGAACAUAUCAUUAAAUUUGACCAAAAUAUUGAGUCUAAACAAAAAAUAAUUAAUAAGUGUUAUUCAACAAAUAAAAUGGAGUUAAUAGGAUCACAAGAGUUUACUAAACUUAAAAACAUACCUAAUUCUUUAAUUGGUGUUUAUGAAGCUGCACUUGCUUAA